AUGACGCUCACAACCUCAUUAUCUGGGACGCCGUUGUUGUACUGGACAAAGAGAUGUACUUUUGCGAAAGGGAACUAUCGCAGUUCUGGAGGGAACUAUCGCCAACUCGAAGACAAGGGCAGUCGCAACCGAAGGAAUUACAAAACGGAAGGGCACCGUUCGCGUUUCAUACAUGAUCCGCGUGAGAUGGCCCUUGUCGGGAAAAGCACCGCGCCACUGAGAGGUGAUGGACUUUCUCACGGAGCCUCCGAAAUGGACGAGAACCAAGCACCAGCAGAUGUGACUUUACAAGAUUCGAAAGUUCGACCGAAAAAUCCGACUUUUAGGAGGCGAGUUGAAGACGCGGCGGCCACGCUUCGAUCGGGAAAAUCGACUCAGCAGCGCCGAAGAAUUUCGACCAACGCUGCCGACUUUCAUGCUAUGCACGUCAAGGGCCCAACUGAAGUUUCGCAACAAACGACAUGGCAGUCUUCUACAACUGCAGCUUCACUUAGGUCAAGCAAGCGGGGGAGUGAAGCUUUUCCGCGUUCAUCUCUUUUGAGCUCACCAGAGAACAACGAUCAAAUGGCUGCGAGUCAGCGCCGUCUCUUCGAACAGAUGGUGACACUCCGCACGCGUCUCAACGAGCGGCUCGCCGCAUCAAAUAAGUUUGCUAAAUAUCUUGAAUCUACCUUGAAAACAAGGGACAAGGACAUAAAGCAUGCAAACGAACGCCUUGUUGCAGCCAUGCUUGAAAUAGAAUCGCUGAAGCACAUAGCCAAAGAAGCCGUCGAAGCCGUCGAGGACGAAAAAAUGAGUAGGACGCAAAUCGCCGGGAGGUUGGAUACCUUGACCAAACGGCUUGAUCUGAUGCAUGCAGCACUUCGACGGGAUGUUCAGGACAUCGAUGCUGCAUGCAUAAAGAGCGUUCCGAUUCGCUGGGUGGGAAUGGCUUCGGACAUUCGCAUCAUGGGUUCGUUUGAUCAUUGGACCAAAGGCGUCGCGAUGUCUCCAGAAUUUAUCGAGGGUGGCAAUAAUGUGUUCGUGGCUGAUCUGAUGCUUGUUUCGGGGACUUAUGAGAUAAAAUUUGUCGUUGAUGGCAUAUGGCAAACAGCCCCUGAAUGGGCGACAACGGGUGACGGUCUCGGUGCAAAUAAUUUAUUAGUUGUCGAGUAGAUGUAAGGCGUUAUGUGCGUUUCCUU